UCAUUUUAACAAGAUCGGAGCUAAAUGGAAUAAGAAAAACGUUUAUUUCAGAGAGAUUGGACGAGCGUCUUGUGACAUACUGGGCCUGAAACAUCACUAUCGGCAUGCCUUUAUCAUCAGCCGUGAUCAGCGGAGUGCAGAAGCUGGUCCUGUAUGAGACGAGGGCUAGAUAUUUCCUGGUGGGAUGUAACAAUGCUCAAACGAAACACCGUGUGCUGAAGAUCGAUCGCACAGAACCUCGAGACUUGGUCAUUAUUGAUGACAAGCAUGUGUAUAGUCGGCAGGAGGUUCGAGAGCUUCUGGGGAGGCUUGACUUAGGAAACCGGACUAAGAUUGGUCAGAAGGGCUCCUCAGGACUUUCCAGAACUGUAAAUGCAUUUGGCAUUGUAGGCUUCGUCCGGUUCCUGGAAGGUUACUACAUCAUCCUGAUCACCAAACGGCGCAAGAUGGCUGACAUCGGGGGUCACUCUAUCUAUAAGAUAGAAGACACCAACAUGAUUUACAUCCCCAACGACUCAGUCCGAGUCACACAUCCAGAUGAAGCCAGAUAUUUGAGGAUGUUCCAAAAUGUGGAUCUUUCCAGUAAUUUCUAUUUCAGUUACAGCUACGACCUGAGCCACUCCCUGCAGUACAAUCUGACCCUGCUCCGCUCCUUGUGUGAUCUUGGACAGGAUGAGGAGGUCCAGACCUGCAGCAGUAAACAGGAUGGCUUCGACAUCUUUGAGGAUGAAGGCCUCCCUACACAAGUGAUUUACAGCUUGAAGAAUGAACCCUAUGCCAAAUAUGUGUGGAACAGUCGUCUGCUGGACAAGGUUAAAAACACGGUGCAUCCAGACUGGCUCAUGUACAUCAUCUACGGCUUCUGCGGCCAGUCCAAGUUGCUGAUAUAUGGCAGGCCGGUUUAUGUUACCCUGAUCGCUCGACGCUCCAGCAGAUUUGCCGGAACACGCUUUCUCAAGAGAGGAGCCAACUGUGAGGGCGACGUGGCAAACGAGGUGGAGACCGAGCAGAUCAUUCACGAUGCUUCAGUGAUGUCGUUCAUGGCGGGCAGCUACUCCUCCUAUGUGCAGGUGCGAGGCUCAGUGCCUCUCUACUGGUCUCAGGACAUCUCCACCAUGAUGCCCAAACCACCUAUACGCUUGGACCAGGCGGACCCAUACGCUCAUGUUGCGGCUCUUCACUUUGACCAGAUGUUUCAGCGUUUUGGCUCACCGGUCAUAAUCCUCAACCUGGUAAAGAAACGUGAGAAGAGGAAGCAUGAAAAAAUCCUGAGCGAGGAACUCUAUCCAGCCAUCAUCAACCUCAAUCAGUUCCUCCCUCCGGAGCACUGCAUUGACUACAUUGCUUGGGACAUGGCUCGCUACACCAAGAGUAAACUGUGUAAUGUGCUGGACCGGCUGAGUAUGAUCGCUGAGAACGUGGUGAAGAGAACCGGCUUCUUCGUCAACCGAUCUGACUUCCACUGUCACAUGUUACGGCCGGACGACAGAUGGGGUGAUUUGGGAGGACUGGUGACUGCUCAUGGCAGAAUACAGACUGGAGUUUUGAGGACUAACUGUGUGGACUGCUUGGACCGCACCAACACCGCCCAGUUUAUGGUGGGAAAAUGUGCUCUGGCCUAUCAGCUUUAUGCACUCGGAAUGAUCGACAAGCCAAAGCUACAGUUUGAUACAGACUGUGUCAGGUUGUUUGAGGAGCUGUAUGAAGAUCAUGGGGACACACUGUCUCUGCAGUAUGGUGGCUCCCAACUGGUCCACAGAGUUAAGACGUACCGCAAGAUCGCACCGUGGACGCAGCACUCCAAGGACAUCAUGCAGACGCUGUCUCGCUACUACAGCAACGCUUUCUCAGAUGCAGAUAGACAGGAUGCCAUAAAUCUAUUUCUUCAGGUCUACCAGCCCUCUGAGUCCAAGCAACACCUGUGGGAACUGCCUACUGACUUCUACCUCCACCAGAGCAACACCGUGGCCCUUCCCCUAGAGAGGCGCAGCUACACUUUUUGGUGGACGGAGGGAGUGCUGUCCUACCUUCCUGUUCCUUUUGAUGAAGUUUCUUGUGAGAAGAAUAGGACGAAGGUGGCGGUGAAACGGGUGAAUCGGUACGAGGAAAGAACAGACACGUACACCGAGUUCUUCAAGCCAUAUGAGCUCACCUCGUUUGACGACACAUUCUGCAUUGCCAUGACCAAUUCUGCAAGAGAGUUCAUGCCAAAGAGUGUAGGAUUGGAUCCCAGCCCUUUCACAGUGCGUAAACCUGAAGAGACCGGCAAGUCCGUACUGGGUAACAAAUCCAACAAGGAGGAGGCGGUGCUGCAGCGUAAGACAGCGGCCAGCGCUCCCCCUCCCCCCAGCGAGGAACAGAUUUCCAGCAGCUCUGAGGACGACUCAGAGGAAGACCGGGAGGACGACACCGCUGCCUCUCAGCGCUACACGCCGAUCAAGCUCGUUGAGUCACGUGACAAUGUCCUUUCACAAGAGGAGCAGCAGCAGCAGAAGCAGCUGGCGAGGGAGCCGUAUGGCUUGAACUUAUCUGCUUUGCCCAAGGAUGACGACCUUCUCAUAUAUUACAGAUUUGCUCAUCUUGGCCAAAACCAGCACAAAGUGGAGAGGAGUGACCAGCUAAUGGACCAGAAAAAAUUCCUGGAAAAUUUCAUCAACCUAGUUCCAGUGUCGUCGUUCGACAGCGACAGUAUUUACGAAGUGUCGGCUCCGCGGGUCGACCUGGAGAGCCAGAACAUUUUUGAUGCCCACAUCCAGGCGGGCAAGGGUCUGAUCAAACCCCACUGCAGAGAAGACCUGCUCAUAUACCGCGAAUAUAUCAAAAACAGAUACAUGUGACACGUGUCGUGUUUUACUGUUUGAAGGCCUUUUUGAUGUACAGUGUUUUCUGAUUGGUCCUCUGAGUGUUGCUGCGUUGUACACCUGAAUGCGCUUCCACGUGUAUCUGUAUAUAGAAGAUCUUGAUAGAAAUAGUUUUCUUUUGACCUUCAUCAUAGAACUGACUCGUGACUCGUGACGUUUUUUUUUUAAUCCUACAAGUGGCUUGUUUAGUUUGUCUGAACUUUUGAAGCGCAACAGAUCAUAAGUGUGAAUGUUGAAGAUUAGCCUGAAUAUGUUCUACUACUUCAAUAAAAAUAUAAAUGCCCGAGAA